UACUUUUUAAUAAAUUCUAUGAUUCCGUAAAUCGUAGGAAAGCCCAUGAUGCGCAUGCAAGAAUAUCCCAAGGUGUACUCCGCGCAGAGGGACAAAUGCUAGAAAGACUUAGUUUAGUCUUAGAUUUUUGCUAUUGCGAGCUUAACAGGACUACCGGACCAAAGACAUUAGAAUUUCGCAUUUCGCCCACAUCGCACUCGGAUCUGCUGAACGGCGACGAGCCGGCCUCCACGCUGACCCAAGACUUCCACACUCGGCUGGACAAUCUGCUGCGCACCCUGGUGCACGCCAGGCUGCACUUUGUGCGCUGCAUUCGGAGCAAUGGCACCGAGGCUGCCGGCAGCUUCGAUAGGGCGACGGUGGUGCGCCAGAUUAGAUCGCUACAGGUCCUGGAGACGGUCAACCUGAUGGCCAGUGGGUUUCCGCAUCGCAUGCGCUUCAAGCAGUUCAACGCCCGCUACCGAAUGCUGGCACCAUUCCGGCUGCUGCGUCGCAGCGAGGACCAGGCUCUGGAGGAUUGCCAGCUGAUACUGCAGUACGCGCUGGAGCAGCUGUCGGUGCUGGAUGGCUCGGUGACCCUGGCCUGGGCGCACGGCAAGCGUCAUGUCUUCCUCAGCGAGGGCAUUCGCCAGCACUUGGAACACUUGCGCACUGAGAUCAGGCACAAGAGCGCCAACCUGAUGCAGGCCAUCCGGCGCGGCUCGUGGUGGCGCAAGAAGAUGAGCAGUGGCGGGCCCAAGCGCUCUAAACACUUAGGUCAUCAACAGGCGCCACUUUCGAACACCAAGGUCACGCCGAACUCCGCCGCGCAGAGCAAGGCCGUGGUGGCAGCUGCUGCGCCUAUUUCUGUGCCACGGCUCUCGGCCAAGACAACGAACCCGUGCAUUGGGGGCACAGUGGCCAGACCCAGGCCACAGCCCAUUGCUGGCACUCCGCAAGAGAAGUGCGACCAGAAGAUCAUACAGCAGACCUGCAACUUGUUUGGACUCGAUUUGGAACGUCCGCCGCCAGUUCCACCAUCUCAUUCCUUCACAAUCACCGGCAACUCGAAGGUAAGCUAUCCCCAAAAUCGGGUCAUGAAGAUGAACUUCCCGGAGGAGGGACAGUCGGAGGCGCCGCAGCUGAAGAAGGGCGAGGCGGUGACCGUGGUGGGUGUCUCCACCGUUCGGGGUCACCUGAUGGUGGAGCACAAGGGGCAGAGUUUCCAUGUUCCCUUCCAGUUCAUGACACUCAGUAAAUAAUAGGUGUAGGAACUUAAAGGAUGGAUAUAUGGCUCUUCAACUCUUCCCGAUAAUAGACGUGCCCAAUGUUUUAAGACUGUAAAUAUUCCACUUGGAAGUUUUAAUUGCUCCAAUUGGCCCCGGACUUACGUAGUAUUAUUAUGGUCGUGUUUAUGAAUAAAUGCCAAUCGAUGGUUGUAGCUUUAAUUACAUACCCACACGUGCCAAUCAAAUAAGUUCGUCCAUAUAAUUUAUAAGUAUUGUACAUGUUACUGAGAUUACAUUAUUUGCCGUUCAAUUAAGAAUUGUGUAUUUUAUUAGACUACGGUUCAUUUUGUCAUUCAAAUAAACGAAGCAUACAUUGAAAUAUUUAAAA